AUGUCACGUACAAUUACUUUUGAUAUACCUUCUCACUACCAGUUGGUUGAUCUAAUUGGUGAAGGUGCCUAUGGUACUGUAUGUUCAGCAGUGCAUAAGCCAUCAGGAACAAAAGUUGCAAUUAAAAAGAUUCAACCUUUUGGUAAAACCAUGUUUGUCACAAGGACGUUACGUGAAUUGAAGUUAUUAAAAUAUUUUCAUAAUCAUGAAAAUAUUAUUAGUAUAUUGGAUAAAGUCAGACCAAUAUCAAUUGAUAACCUGAAUGCUGUUUAUAUUGUGCAAGAACUAAUGGAAACUGACUUGCAAAAAGUUAUUGUUAAUAACAAUAGGAAGAACACACCUUUAAGUGAUGAUCAUAUUCAAUAUUUUACUUACCAAGUAUUACGUGCUUUAAAAUCAAUUCAUAGUGCAAAAGUGAUACAUAGAGAUUUAAAACCAUCAAAUUUGCUUCUGAAUUCAAAUUGUGAUUUAAAAAUCUGUGAUUUUGGGCUUUCAAGAUGUUUAGCAAGUAGUAGUGAUUCAAAGGAGACUUUGGUUGGAUUCAUGACAGAGUAUGUUGCUACAAGAUGGUAUCGUGCACCAGAAAUUAUGUUAACUUUCCAAGAAUAUACUACGGCGAUGGAUAUUUGGUCUUGCGGUUGUAUACUGGCUGAAAUGGUUUCAGGUAAACCUUUAUUCCCUGGUAGAGAUUACCAUCAUCAACUAUGGUUAAUAUUAGAAGUAUUGGGUACACCUUCAUAUGACGAUUUUGAACAGAUAAAAUCUAAGCGUGCAAAAGAGUACAUUGCAAAUUUACCAUUUAAAUCAAGACUACCUUGGGAAAUGGUAUUAGGUAGAGAAAAGGAUACAUUAAAUCCAGGUAUUUUAGAUUUAUUAGAAAAAAUGUUGACUUUUAAUCCACAUAAACGUAUUAGUGCGGAGGAUGCACUAAACCACCCUUAUUUGGCAACCUAUCAUGAUCCACAAGAUGAACCUGUAUACCAACCAUUAAAUUUAGAAGAUGAUGAAUUUUGGAAAGUUGAUAAUCAAUCAAAGGAUCCGUCUUCUAAUGAAGAUGAAGAAAGUCUGCUUUCAAUGGAUAAAUUAAAACAAAUGUUAUAUGAUGAGAUAUUAACUCCACUGUAG